CGGAAGCGGAAGUGCCGGCCCGGAGCCCGUGCUAGGCGGGUGUCCCUUCGGCGCUGCCCAGCCGCCGCCUGCACCAGCCAUGGACUGCUACACGGCGAAUUGGAACCCGCUCGGGGAUUCUGCUUUUUACCGGAAGUAUGAGCUGUACAGCAUGGACUGGGACCUGAAGGAGGAACUCAGGGACUGCCUGGUAGCCGCUGCGCCCUAUGGGGGCCCCAUUGCACUGUUGAGGAACCCGUGGCGGAAGGAGAAGGCGGCCAGCAUACGGCCAGUGCUUGAGAUCUACUCUGCCUCUGGCCUGCCUCUGGCCAGUCUACUGUGGAAGAGUGGGCCCGUGGUGUCCCUAGGCUGGUCAGCUGAGGAGGAGCUGCUCUGCGUGCAGGAAGAUGGUGUAGUGCUGGUCUAUGGGCUUCAUGGCGACUUCCGGAGACACUUCAGCAUGGGCAAUGAGGUGCUCCAGAACCGGGUCCUAGACGCCCGGAUCUUCCAUACUGAGUUUGGUUCGGGGGUGGCCAUCCUCACUGGGGCCCACCGCUUUACGCUCAGCGCCAAUGUGGGUGAUCUCAAACUUCGCCGGAUGCCGGAGGUGCCGGGUCUGCAGAGCGCACCCUCGUGUUGGACCACACUGUGCCAGGACCGAGUUGCACACAUUCUUCUGGCCGUGGGGCCUGAUCUUUACCUCCUUGACCAUGCAGCCUGCUCGGCAGUGACGCCCCCUGGCCUGGCCCCCGGAGUGAGCAGUUUCCUGCAGAUGGCAGUCUCCUUCACCUACCGACAUCUGGCACUCUUCACAGACACAGGCUACAUCUGGAUGGGGACGGCAUCACUCAAGGAGAAGCUGUGUGAGUUCAACUGCAACAUCCGGGCCCCCCCCAAGCAGAUGGUCUGGUGCAGCCGUCCUCGGAGCAAAGAGAGGGCUGUCGUGGUGGCCUGGGAGAGGCGGCUAAUGGUGGUGGGUGACGCACCUGAGAGCAUCCAGUUUGUGCUGGAUGAAGAUUCCUACCUGGUGCCUGAGCUGGAUGGGGUCCGCAUCUUCUCUUGUAGCACCCACGAGUUCCUGCAUGAGGUUCCAGUGGCCAGCGAGGAGAUCUUCAAAAUUGCCUCGAUGGCCCCUGGAGCACUGUUGUUGGAGGCCCAGAAAGAGUACGAGAAAGAGAGCCAGAAGGCAGAUGAGUACCUACGGGAGAUCCAGGAGCUGGGGCAUCUGACCCAGGCCGUGCAGCAGUGCAUCGAGGCUGCGGGACAUGAGCAUCAGCCAGACAUGCAGAAGAGUCUGCUCAGGGUUGGCCUGGCCAGAGGGGCUGGGUGGUGGGUGCUGGGCGGGGCGGGUGCCCUAGAAGGAGGGGUGGGGCGACCGGUAAGAUCUCCUCUGUUGCCCUCUGGCUCUUCUCAGGCGGCCUCCUUUGGAAAGUGUUUCCUCGACAGAUUUCCACCUGACAGCUUCGUGCGCAUGUGUCAGGACCUGCGUGUGCUGAAUGCCAUUCGGGACUACCACAUUGGGAUCCCCCUCACUUAUAGCCAAUACAAGCAGCUCACCAUCCAGGUGCUGCUGGACAGGCUGGUGUUGAGGAGGCUUUACCCCCUGGCGAUCCAGAUCUGUGAGUACCUGCGCCUUCCUGAAGUGCAGGGCGUCAGCAGGAUCCUGGCCCACUGGGCCUGCUACAAGGUGCAACAGAAGGAUGUGUCCGACGAGGAUGUUGCUCGGGCCAUUAACCAGAAGCUGGGAGACACACCAGGCGUCUCUUACUCCGACAUUGCUGCGCGGGCCUAUGGCUGUGGCCGCACGGAGCUGGCCAUCAAGCUGCUGGAGUAUGAGCCACGCUCUGGGGAGCAGGUACCCCUUCUCCUAAAGAUGAAGAGAAGCAAACUGGCACUGAGCAAGGCCAUCGAGAGUGGAGACACUGAUCUGGUGUUCACGGUGUUGCUGCACCUGAAGAAUGAGCUAAACCGAGGAGACUUUUUCAUGACUCUUCGGAACCAGCCCAUGGCCCUGAGUUUGUACCGACAGUUCUGUAAGCAUCAGGAGCUAGAGACACUGAAGGACCUUUACAAUCAGGAUGACAACCACCAGGAGCUGGGCAGCUUCCACAUCCGAGCCAGCUAUGCUGCAGAGGAGCGUAUCGAAGGGCGAGUCGCGGCUCUGCAGAUGGCAGCUGACGCCUUCUACAAGGCCAAGAAUGAGUUUGCAGCCAAGGCCACGGAGGAUCAAAUGCGGCUCCUGCGGCUGCAGCGGCGCCUAGAAGAUGAGCUGGGGGGCCACUUCGUGGACCUGUCUCUGCACGACACGGUCACCACCCUCGUCCUCGGCGGCCACAGCAAGCGCGCAGAGCAGCUGGCACGUGACUUCCGCAUUCCGGACAAGAGGCUCUGGUGGCUGAAGCUGACCGCCCUGGCGGAUCUGGAAGACUGGGAGGAGCUAGAGAAGUUUUCUAAGAGCAAGAAAUCGCCCAUUGGCUACCUGCCCUUUGUCGAGAUCUGCAUGAAACAACACAACAAAUAUGAGGCCAAGAAGUAUGCCUCCCGCGUGGGUCCUGAGCAGAAGGUCAAGGCCUUGCUUCUCGUUGGGGAUGUGGCUCAGGCCGCAGAUGUGGCCAUUGAGCACCGGAACGAAGCAGAGCUGACUCUUGUGUUGUCCCACUGCACUGGAACCGCAGAUGCGGCCACGGCCGACAGGAUUCAGCGGGCUAGGGCACAAGCCCAGAAGAAGUGAAGGGCUCACCCUGUACGUCACCCUGCGCUCUAGGCUUGGCAGAAGCGUCACUGCUUAUCCAGCUUCUUUAGAGCUGAGCUAAACCUAGGAGCUGGGGUGGGGUGGGAGCCGGGGGUCUGAUUGUAAAUAAAGUUGGGACAUUUUAGAGCACUUGUCUCAUGCAGUCCAGCCUAAGCGAAAGCAUGGUGGAGGCAGAACCAUCCAGACACUUCAGCAAAACUCUGUGUGUUUGAUUGUGUUGGGGCUGGAGGGGGAGCUCCUCAGCGAUAUUUACAAGAGACCUGCCCCUCUCCACAGUUACCGCAGAAAGUCCUGUAACUAAGCUCCCAGCCCCUGGGAAGAUUACGGGGAGCUGUGCAGAACUCCAGCAGCAGCCCAUCAAGAGCCAAUCUGAAAAGCGUUAUACAUGUACACACAAGAACCAUGCUAAACACUUCACCAUUGCUAUUUCGUUUAUUCCACAAGACAGCCCUGUGAGAUGGGUAACAUCGCCCCAUGUUACAGAAGAGGAGAUUGAGGACUGAGGAGGUGUGGUAACAGGGAGUAUAUGGCAAAACUGGGAUUUGAAACCCGAUGGCGCUUGUGGGGGUCUCAGAGCUUCUCCUCAGCUAUUGUGACAGAAGAGGGAUGACUGAAAUCGGGCCCUCUGAGUGGAGGAGCCUGAGGCAAGGCCCCCAUUCACACUACAGUAAGGGUUGGAGGGCCGAUGAGAGUGUGGCCGGCGUGUUAGAGGGUUAGAGAAAGAGCCUUCACAAACCACGCCCACCUAACAGUGGUGAGCAACUCCUACGUGGUCUCGGGGCUGAAGAGAAAAGGAGGAUGGAACAUCUCAAUUCUGCCAAGGAAGAACUACAGACGAGCCACCCCUGGCUCUACCUGACCCCGAACAGAGGCUCCAUCCCCAUCAGCAGCAGUGCUUUCUUGGCCUGCAGAUGUCCAUCUCUGGCCUUCAGCGUACACUCCGGUUACGUGAACUUCAUGGCCCGUGCCCCCACCCAACACUGAGGGCAUUUCCUUUUCCUCUUUUUGCGCCCUUCGUCUAGAAGGAGGACAAAGGAGGAAACCAAAGCCCAGAGGGAGGGCAGGCCUCCCUGGAGCUUCUGGUUUUCCCCUCUUAAUGCCUUUACAGUUGACUUGAAAUGAGUGCCUGAAAAGAGUGGGAGACUCGGGGCCUGGUAAGCUGUUUCUUUUUCUUCUUCCUCCACCUGAUUUGUAACUUUGAAUAGCUUCCAAGGGGAUAUACAUCACAUUGUAAAACAGCCAUUUAUUAUGCUCACCUCUUACUACGUGGGUCAAGAAUCUGGACAGGAUAAAAUGGU